AAAUGCAUGAUCGUGGUUGGCUGGUCGCGCUUUUGGUAUUGGGAUCUCACCGCCAUUUCGCCGCCCACUCAACUCAUCGUGUUCAUUCAUUUGGCGGACGGCGACGAUGCAGACAGUUGGCCAACUAUUCCACAACCUAACCUCGAGAUCAACAAACCUCCCUUCUUCUUCUUCUUGGUCCAUACACACAUAUAUGUACUUAUAAACACAGUUUGUCUGAGAGAGAGAGAGAGAGAGAGAGAGAGAGCUCGGCUGCGAAAUUCCCAGAGCCAUGGCACCAAGCAGCCCCUGCGUUUCUUCUUCUCUUCCAUCCCAACGAUUACUAGGGAAAGCGGCAUUAGUCACAGGUGGCGCAACUGGAAUUGGAGAGCGCAUUGUUCGUCUAUUUCAUGAGCAUGGUGCAAGAGUUUGUGUUGUAGACAUUCAAGAUAACCUUGGUCAGCAUCUCUGUGAAACCCUCGGAGGGGAUGAGAGCGUGUGCUUUCUCCACUGUGACGUCACGGUAGAGGAUAAUAUUUGCCGUGCAGUCGACUUUGCAGUCGGUAAAUUUGGUACGCUUGAUAUAAUGGUGAACAAUGCUGGGAUAUCAGGUGCCCCUUGUCCCGAUAUCAGGAAUGCAAACCUAUCUGAGUUUGAAAAGGUAUUUGAUGUGAACGUUAAGGGAGUCUUCCUUGGAAUGAAGCAUGCUGCUCGUGUAAUGAUCCCAUUGAAUAAGGGCUCGAUUAUUUCCAUUUCUAGCGUAUCAAGUGCCACUGGGGGGAUAGGCCCACAUGCAUACACAGGGUCAAAGCACGCUGUUCUGGGACUCACCAAGAAUGUUGCAGCCGAGCUGGGAAAAUAUGGGAUACGCGUAAACUGCGUCUCUCCCUACGGCGUUGCAACCGGCUUGGCCUUGGCUCACUUGCCCGAGGAGGAGAGAACGGAGGAUGCCAUGGCUGGUUUCCGCAGUUUUGUCGGACGGAAUGCUAACCUGCAAGGGGUGGAACUGACCACCGAUGAUGUGGCUAAUGCCGUGGUCUUCUUAGCCAGCGAUGAAGCAAGGUACAUAAGCGGGGCUAAUCUGAUGGUUGAUGGGGGUUUCACUUGCACCAAUCACUCGCUUCGAGUUUUCCGCUGAAGAAGGAUCUCUUCAGAUGGGCAGUUGGUCUAUUCUUGUAAUCUUGUUGGAGCAGGCUUCGCUGGUUGAGUUUGAUAAGCAACGGCUGGCGGACCCCCUCUAUUAGAAGUAGUCCCCUAAUCUUGUAUUUGUAAAUUGUAAGAUCAAAUUGAAACAAGACAAAUUUCUCCUCCCAAGGGUAUUCAUGAGGAGGAAUCAUAAUCAUGUUGUUGUUGUUCUUGUUA